CACCUUUUCUAUCUAAACCAACCUUCUUUCAUUUCUGAACAUGGCUACUUUCUUUGGUUCCCCACCAAUUUUCUCCCUCCCCCUCACUAGAACUCACCACAUUUCUUCAUCAUCACAAACACCCCCACCAACACCUCCACCAACUCCUCCCCCGCAAUCUGAGUCCCCAACUUCAUCUCCACAGCUUAGAACAACAAAUUUGAAUGAGGAAUCAGUGCAAGUGUCCACUGAAGCUAAGCAACAAAAGCCCAUCAAACCAGUCACUUCAUCAACCAAGGUUGAAUCCACAGAUUGGAUAGCCACUUCCUUGACAAGAAGGUUUGGACUAGGAGCUGGUCUUGCCUGGGUUGGUUUCCUUGCAUUUGGUGUCAUCUCAGAACAGAUUAAGACUCGCUUUGAGGUGUCUCAGAAAGAGGCAAAUACAAGGAACGUUGAGAAGGUGGAAGAGGUGGUGCUGCCUAAUGGCGUAAGGUACUAUGAGUUGAAAGUUGGAGGUGGAGCUUCACCAAGGCUAGGUGAUUUGGUUGUGAUUGAUAUUAUGGGGAAAGUUGAAAGCAGUGGAGAAGUAUUUGUGAACACAUUUGAAGGGGACAAGAAACCAUUGGCUCUAGUGAUGGGGUCAAGGCCAUAUAGUAAGGGAGUGUGUGAAGGGAUAGAGUAUUUGCUAAAAUCUAUGAAGGCAGGAGGCAAGAGGAGGGUAAUAGUCCCUCCACAAUUGGGGUUUGGAGAGGAUGGUGCUGAUUUAGGCACUGGUGUGCAAAUUCCUCCUCUUGCAACACUUGAGUACAUUGUAGAGGUUGAAAAAGUUUCCAUUGCACCUGCUUAAUGAUAAAAUGCAAGCAUGUAAAUUAUGGCCAAAUCAAGUUUUGCUCUAGUAAGUCCUAAGCAUUGUUGAUAAGUCCUUUAUCCAAUAAUGCGGGGUCCUCAUCUUGUAUCACAUAAAACUAUCCAUUUAUUUUCUCAUUCUUUUCGAUGGGAUUGAGAGGUAUUGUUUUCAAAUUAAGUACCUAAAAUAAUAUGUGCAGUCCUCAAAUUCAUACAUUUCA